AUGAAUCAAUCUAACAACAUAAACCAGAGUCCUUAUCGUCGUUCGAGCGAACCUACUACAAGAAAAUCAUCAAUACUUAAUGGAGUACCGGAAUCAACAGGGAUUCAAAGACGAACAAGUGAGACCUUUACUACAUCUAAUAGCAUGAAUGCAAGAAACUAUGCAACAUAUAAGUCUCAUUUACAUGACUGUAGUAUCCUGGAAGAUGUUGAGACUGUAAAUAAUUCAAAUAAUCAAAAUAAUCAAGCUGUAAAAUGGACUGUUCCGGGAACACAGUUACCUCCACGUGUCUCAUCAUUGUAUCAUUUACAAGAAAAACUAAAUUCUUCACAAAAUGCUUAUCAAACUAACACAAAGCAACUUACGCAAAAGUCAAAUAUUCCUACUAUUAUACCAUCAACGGGGAUAGAUGGCAUAUCUGUCGUUGGUACACAAUCGCCUACAACAACUUCAUUAGAAAGAAAACAGAAGCAAACUGCAAGAACUCUUCUAGAAAGGAAACCAUCAAUAAUAAAAAGACCUUCUCUCGAGAGAAGGUCUGUACAAAUUGUGAGAACUUCAUCAGAAAGAAAGAGACCAAAAUUAGUUGGAAGAACGCAAUCCAAACGUACCGUAGUUAAGCGAAGUACUGCUAUAUCCAAGAGAAAAGACAAAAGAAUUAUUUUAGAAAUGUCAACAACUUCAAAUCAAACUUAUGCAAAUGAUCCAACAGAUAUGGAUGCUGAUUUACCUCCAUUAAGAAACAGAAAAACUCCCUGGCUUCCAGGUCCUCAACCCUCUCCAAAACUUAUUCAUGCUUCUUUAAUUCCCCUUCCACAAUACGUUGAAGGUGUUUCAAAUAAUUCAAACAAACGUUCUUAUAAUGUUUCGUCUUCCCGUUUAAGUAUGGCAGCGUCUCGAAUCUUAAGAUCUUGUCGUCCAAGAUAUGUUUCAUCAAUUUUCAUGUCUUCAGAUUUAUCUCCUGCAAAAUUGCAAGAGAAAGAUUUUUUUACUGUUCCUCAAGGAAAUCGUGCUUCUCAGAUAUUUAGACGUCGAUUGCUCGAACAAAGUUUGUACAUGUCGUUCGGUGGUGAACUAACCGCAUCUACAAAACCCCAAUUAAAACGACGUCGAAAGACUAGGAAGGGUUACAAUGCUAAACUUAAAGACAGAGAAGCAAGAAGAGAAAAACGUAGAAAGGAAAGACAAGAAAAAAGAUUAUCUAAUGAUCAUAAAAUCGAUGAUAAGGAUCAUCAAAAUGUAAACCCAGUUGUUAUCCCUAAGAUACUAGAUUCUGAAGAAUUGGUUAAAAAAGUCGAGGAACAACUUCGUAAAAAAGAAUAUUUGAUGUCUCCACCACCUCCACCAAGGUAUAUAAAUCAACAUGAGAAUCAAAUAUCUGAGCUAAUUCCAAUACAAAGAUCUAAAAGUAAUGCCAGCAACGUUUCUUCUUUGUUUUCUACCCUUCCUGAAAGGAGGUCUAUUAGGUCUGAUGACUUAAAUGACAAAAUGUUGGAAUCUUCUACUUCCGUUGAACCUUUUCCAACUCAUUUAACAUCACAGCGUAAAGAUAGGUUGACCUAUUCAACUACAGUUUUCGUUCAGCCACCUACAAUAUUAAUGUCUCCUGAUGAAGUAAUUCAUGAUUUUGAAGAUUCACAAAUGGAAAAACAGGUGGAAUCUACGGAAAAAAGAAGUGCUGAUAAUAGCAAUCCAGGAACUCCAUUAUCACCUUUAAGUCCAUCAAUAUACAAAUUUGGUUCUGGGCUUUUAAGUUUAUUUAAUAAAGGAUUUCAUCGCGACACAAAUUCAUCAGCAUCAG